CUCUGGCUAUAACUCUGCCCCUCCAAGCCCUCGUAAACAAACCGAAAAUCCCAUCAAAUAGCCACCUUGCGGUCUCGGAGCUAUUUGCACUACCGGCCGUCUCGCGCACACCGUCUUUCCUCCCAUCCCGCCACAAACAUCAUGUCGACGCAGUCAGCUGUCGUUGUCCAACAACCGGGUCGCGCGGAAGUGCUGCAAGUUCCGCUGCCCGCAGUCCCCGACGAUUAUCUGCUUGUCAAGACCAAAGCUGUGGCUUUGAAUCCCACCGACUGGCGCCACAUCGACUUUGUGCCCUGUAACGGAGCCACCGUGGGCUGUGACUAUGCGGGAAUUGUCGAGGCCGUCGGCCCACAGGUCACAAAGCCAUUCAAAAAGGGCGAUCGUGUGGCUGGCUUUGUCCACGGCAGCAACGCAGCCCGUCCGGAUGGCGGUGCAUUCGCCGAGUAUGUCAUUGCCAAAGGCGACCUCCAAAUCCUCAUCCCCCCAUAUAUGAGUUUCGACGCCGCAGCCACGCUCGGCGUCGGUCUGACGACCGUUGGCCAAAAUCUGUAUCAGAGCAUGGAACUGCCAUUGCCCGGGAGUCCAGACGAGGACGCGAGUGAUACAAGUAUCCUGAUCUAUGGCGGGGCAACGGCCACAGGCACGCUGGCUAUCCAGCUCGCAAAGCUAUCUGGGCUGCGCGUCGUGACAACCUGCUCGGAACACAACCGCAACUUGAUGUUUGAGCUCGGGGCGGAUGCAGUCUUUGACUACCAUGAUCCACAAGUCGGCGAGCAGAUCAGAGAGGAUACCGAUGACGCCUUGGAGUUUGUGCUCGAUACCAUCUCCACGCAUCAAUCGGCUGGCAUCUGCAGUGCCGCCAUCUCCUCCGCAGGCGGAUCGUACCAUGCGUUACUGGAGGUGCGAUGCCCGAGAGACGAUGUCGAUUCGCACGUCUCCAUGGCAUAUGAUGUGGUGGGGGAGCCGUACCGCAUGGGAACGAACCAGGCCUCACCCGAUCCAAGCAAUCUAGAAUUCGGGAAAAAGUGGGCUGGCCUGGCACAGAAGUUGCUCGAAGCACGCCGCCUUGUGCCUCAUCCCUACCAGGUGAAGCCAGGCGGGCUCGCUGGGGCACUGGCUGGACUCCAGAUGUUACGCGACGGCAAGGUGCGAGCCAGUAAGCUGGUCUACACGGUGAACGAGUCCCGGUCCGAAUGAACAGGCUGCGGCUCCAUACCCACAUGAGAUGCAGUAGCUUUCGGGGGUUUCCUCCAAGUGUCAGAAGGGCAUGCUGUAGUGAUCAAAGGAUCCAUUGCGGCAAGCAGCUGCCACUAAGGUUGCUGCGUAGGAUUUCAUCCCGCGUGAAAGCGAUCAAGGUCUGCAGAAACCUG